GGCCCCCCUCCAGCUUCACCUACCCCGCUCUCUGCUUCCUUCUCUCCACAUCCCUCUCUGUGCUGACAGCUUCCAUGGCCCCCAAAAAGCCAGACCCCAAGAAGGACGAUGCCAAGGCAGCCCCCAAGGCAGCCCCGGCCCCGGCGCCUGCACCUGCGCCAGAGCCCGAGCACCCCAAGGAAGCUGAGUUUGAUGCGUCCAAAAUCAAGAUCGAGUUUACACCGGAGCAGAUUGAAGAGUUCAAGGAAGCCUUCAUGCUGUUCGACCGCACGCCCAAGUGCGAGAUGAAGAUCACGUAUGGGCAGUGUGGGGAUGUCCUGCGGGCGCUGGGCCAGAACCCUACCCAGGCUGAGGUGCUCCGUGUCCUGGGGAAACCGAAGCAGGAAGAGCUCAACAGCAAGAUGAUGGACUUUGACACCUUCCUGCCCAUGCUCCAGCACAUUGCCAAGAACAAGGACACAGGCACUUACGAGGACUUCGUCGAGGGGCUGCGUGUUUUCGACAAGGAAGGCAAUGGCACAGUCAUGGGCGCUGAGCUCCGCCAUGUGCUGGCCACUCUAGGAGAGAGGUUGACUGAAGACGAGGUGGAGAAACUGAUGGCAGGGCAGGAAGACUCCAAUGGCUGCAUCAAUUAUGAAGCAUUUGUGAAGCACAUCAUGGCCAGCUGAGCCUCUCGUCCCAGGGAGCCAGGAGCCCACGCUGGGGACAGCUCAUCUCCCACACAUGGUGCUGACGUCAGCCGCCUGGAGUUGCAGGGAGGAGGGGAGUGCCUCAAGACACCUACAGCAGCCCCCUCCACCGGCCCUGCAGACCUCUGGGUGCCUGUCAUCUCCCCCUACCGGCUGUGCAUCUCUGUCCUCUCCCCAGGGGCCUGAAUAAAUGGCAUCUUUUCUUCCUUC